CAGAGAUUCUUCCUUAGUUCCUUAUCCACUUCGCGAGAUGUGGCCUCCGGCGUUCUCGGACUCAGAUUGAUUUCUUCAUCAAAUUCUUGAAUGGGAACAGUUCUCUACUACUCCUUGGGCAUCUCUCGAAUUGUUUGUUUCAGAGUCGCCGGCGGCUGUUCGUCGUCUUUGAUCGGCGUUUCCAGAACAGCAGCUCUAGAUCAACUGGACAAGGAGCUUUCUUCUGGAAACGAAAGAGCAGCUCUCUCUCUCGUCAGAGAUUUGCAAGGAAACCCUAAUGGGCUGCGAUGCUUCGGCGCUGCACGACAGGUACCUCAAAGGCUGUACACAUUGGACGAGCUGAAGCUGCAUGGGAUUGAGACGGCUUCUUUAUUGUCGCCUGUGGAUGGGACACUGGGUUCUGUAGAGAGGAAUCUGCAGAUUGCUGGUGUUAUUGGUGGAGUUGCAGCUUCGAAUGCAUUUGGGUUUAGUCCUCAGCAGAUUUUCUACUUCUCCUUGGGGCUGUUGUUCUUAUGGACGUUGGAUGCUGUAUCAUUUAAUGGAGGACUAGGCAGCUUAGUUCUUGAUACAAUUGGGCACAACGUCAGUCAGAAGUAUCACAAUAGGGUCAUCCAACAUGAAGCUGGACAUUUCCUGGUUGCAUACUUAGUUGGUGUUCUUCCGAAGGGAUACACCUUAUCCAGCUGGGAAGCUUUGCAGAAGGAAGGAUCGCUCAAUGUCCAGGCUGGGACAGCCUUUGUGGAUUUUGAGUUCCUCGAAGAAGUAGGUGAAUUCGGGCAAAGUCUCUGCCACGGUAUGUAUUCGAGGCCUCUUCUGAAUUUCAUAUCCCUAUAGCUAGUUGGACUGUCUGUGUUUCCGGACUCUGAACAGAUUUGCAUGUAUAGCACUAGCUGGUGUAGCAACUGAGUACAUCUUGUAUGGUUAUGCCGAGGGAGGACUUGCUGACAUAAACAAGCUGGAUAUGUUGCUCCAAGGGCUUGGUUUCACACAGAAGAAGGCGGACUCCCAGGUCAGAUGGUCGGUUCUGAACACCGUCCUGUUAUUGCGCCGCUAUGAACGAGCUCGUGCUAACCUUGCAGAUGCGAUGUCGAUGGGAAAAUCGGUAGGCUAUUGCAUUGGUGUUAUAGAGGAUAGCGUUGAUUUCACAGAUAUCUAGUUGCUGUUACAAUAGCCGUUGUAAUUAUGUUUUCUUCGUGUUACUUUCAUUCGUGUAAAGGAUCAAAUGCCCAUAGGUACGAUACGUUCCAAUGUAGUUACACUAUCUAGGACUUCAACAUUUGGAUCUAUAUACAAGAAAAGAAAGGAAUGUUUGAUCAAAGUAAUAUUUUAGUUAUGAGAAAAUUUCUUGGUGGUCUCCGG